AUGGCCGAAAAAUCACAAAUGGAAAUUGUUUUCAGCUCUUACACCUUUGCGUCUAUUUUAAACAUCCUUGAGAUGGAUACUCACUCUGACAAUGGAAGUGAGUGGCACACAGACCCUGAAAACCCAAUGCUGGGUCCAGAUGGUAAACUACGUGAUGCUGCUGAGAAACCGGACCAAUUUGUCUACAGUCCUUCGGAUGCUUUGCCACACCCUCCCUCUAAUUCUGAGGGCUAUAAUCCAGAUGAUGACCUACCUACUGCUCAUCGAAUAGUGCAAAGGCCAAAGCGGACCAUAAAGCAAAUUACUCGAGAAAAUCCAGUUGAAGCAUUCGAGCACCAAAAACUUGCUUCCAAGAAUAAAAAUAGGCAUAACACUUCACGGAAUAGAGAUGUUGGUAUUACUCAACAGACCCUGGAAGCAUUCUCAGUCGGACGUCAACCAAACAAUCUUGGGCUACUGGGGAACUUGAGACAGCCCACAAAGACAGCGGAGCUCGGCUAUGUCACAACAUCCAGGGAAUCAGCAUCAGAUGAAGAGCAACAGCAUAGCCCAAAGAAGCGCAACAAGUCCAGCCAGGGGAAGAAGGCGUUGAAGCGGGCCCGAACUAGCAGUGCAGCAAAGGGCUCAGUGCCCGUGUCCAGGCCUGAAAUUGAGUUGGUCGGAACAGAUGGGGAUGAUGAGGCUGCACCUGGGGCUCUUGAGGACCAGGAGAAAUUCGCAUCUGAAGAUGCACAUGUUGCACAAGCAAUCCAGCUGGCCCAGAAAGCACGGCGGACACAAGACCUCGAAACCGUGUUUACCGAGGUUGUUCAUGAGGGACAAGACAGUUACCGGAUAUGCCGGGUGUGCCAGUGA